CCAGUUGGGACGCCCACCACUACACAGCCAAAGACAACAAAAACAACGCCUGUGGUUUACGUGCGUGAAAAUUAGUUAAGUUUUUAGUAAAAAAGGAUUUUGGGACGUUGUUCGAGUGAUUCCAAUAUAUCCGUAUGCUGCGUGGAAAAGCGGGGACAGCGGCGUUCAUCAGAAGGACAGACCAAAGCGGUCCAGAAGUGUGAAAUUGCGAAAGUGAAAACGGGGCAAGACGGAACCGAAAACGCAACAAAAACGGUGCCAAAAACGCAAAGAAAAGCUGCUAACGAGGGGGAAAACCAUCAGGGGAUACAGCAGCAGGUCAAGAUAAACAAGUGCGUCAAGCAUACAGCCGCAUUAUCUUCACUUUCCACCGAUUUGACAGCGAAACGGGGCUGUAAACCAAACGCAACACCCACACACAUACUCCACGCAAAUUGUGUACAUAUAUUGCGUUGUGCGGCGGCGGGUGAAAAGCUGCUCCCAAGUUGCUCCACCUCCACCUCCACCUCCCACUUCCACAACCACAUCCAUCUCCGCAUCCAUCGCACAUGUCUUACAUGAUGGCCAAGACGCUGGAGGAGCAGAGUCUGCGGGAGUGCGAGCACUACAUCCAGACGCACGGCAUCCAGCGUGUCCUCAAGGACUGCAUUGUUCAAUUAUGCGUCUGCAGGCCCGAGAAUCCCGUUCAGUUCCUGCGCCAGUACUUCCAGAAGCUCGAGCGGGAACAAGUCAAACUGGAUGCCAGUAGACAGGUAAUCAGCCCCGACGACUGCGACGAUCUCAGCCCGAUGCCACAGACAGCAGCUCCGCCCGUGCGCAGGCGCGGCGGCAUAUCCGCCGAGCCCGUUACCGAGGAGGAUGCCGCCAAUUACGUGAAGAAGGUGGUGCCCAAGGACUACAAAACGAUGAACGCCCUGUCCAAGGCCAUUGCCAAGAACGUGCUCUUUGCCCAUCUGGACGAGAGCGAGCGCUCUGACAUAUUCGAUGCCAUGUUUCCAGUGAAUCACAUCGCCGGCGAGGACAUCAUAAGGCAGGGCGACGAGGGCGACAACUUCUACGUGAUUGAUGUGGGAGAGGUCGAUGUGUUUGUCAACGCAGAACUGGUGACCACCAUCAGCGAGGGCGGCAGCUUCGGCGAGCUGGCCCUGAUCUAUGGCACUCCACGCGCUGCCACUGUGCGGGCCAAGACCGACGUGAAGCUGUGGGGCAUCGACCGCGACUCCUACCGCCGCAUCCUGAUGGGCUCGACAAUCCGCAAGCGCAAGAUGUACGAGGAGUUCUUAUCGCGCGUCUCCAUCCUGGAGAGCCUGGACAAGUGGGAGCGCCUGACAGUGGCCGAUUCCCUGGAGACGUGCUCCUUUGAGGAUGGCGAGACGAUCGUGAAGCAGGGAGCCGCUGGUGACGAUUUCUACAUCAUCCUUGAGGGCUGUGCGGUGGUGCUGCAGCAACGUUCGGAGCAGGGCGAGGAACCCGCCGAGGUGGGGCGCCUGGGUAGCAGCGAUUACUUUGGCGAGAUUGCUUUGUUGUUGGACCGACCACGGGCGGCGACUGUCGUGGCCCGCGGGCCGCUCAAGUGCGUCAAGCUGGACCGGGCGAGAUUCGAGCGUGUUCUGGGACCCUGCGCCGACAUCCUCAAGCGCAACAUCACGCAGUAUAACAGUUUCGUUUCGUUGUCCGUCUAAGCAGCAGAAGCAGCAGCAGCAAACAUUACAACAAAUCAACCACAGCAAACAGUAGCAGCAGCAAAACCAACAACAGCAACAGCAACAAUGCAGCGAACAUGAAGAACAACCAGAAACUAACAAAACAAACAAACAAACCAACACGAAGACGAAGAGAAAUAAGUGGAUAAUAAGAAAGAGGAGAGAAAACGCUCAGCAGCAUAAAUAACACAAUUAACGUAAAAUAUUUAAGUGUGUAAAGUUAAUUUGCAGCCAGGAGGCCAGGAUAUAAGAUCGAGUUCUGUCAGAGAUUCAGAAUAUUUCGAGGGCGCCGCGGGGCUGGAUGGAAUUAACAACAAAACAAAAAUGUUAAUUAUCUGAUUCUGUAUGUUGUGCUGAAGUUAAAUAAUUGUGUAUGUGUGUGUCUCUGUGUUAAGGUUGCGGCGGCAUGUUCCCCCGCACCCCGCAACCCCCGCAUCAGAGAUAGUUUUCCCAGGCUUCACUCUAUUAUAUACUUACAUUUUCAACGACUUCUUGCGCUCUUCGCUCUAUAUAUUUCUAUAACUUAAGGAACAUGCUGCCUCCCCAAAGCGAAAAAAGAAAGCAACAAAAAAAAAUAAGAAAACAAAAACGUUUCAUCAAGUAUCCAACUGACAUCUGAAUGUUUUUUAAGCAAAGAAAUAAGCAUGAUGAAUAUAUAAUAAGUGUAAUAAAUAAAAUCAAACUUAAACAUAAAGGCGCACCGAAAACACGCACACACACAAUCACAGACAGACACACACACAUACCCAGAAUGAAGUCAUAUUUUUGUCUAGGUAAAUGAAAGACGGAAAAUGAGAAACAAUUGUAUUUCGCUUGUAUGAUGAUUCGUUAGCAGAACGGCAGGAGUUCGGUAAACGUUUUUAUUAUUUUUUAAUUUUAGUAAAUUAUUUUUAAUCGUAAAGCUUAGUCAGCGACAGGCAUUCAAAAAUGGAAACCAUAAAUUGAGAAUUAAAAUCAAAAGAAAACGAA